AUGUCUGACGAGAAAUUGUGCGAUAUUGUGGCAGCUCGAAGAGUCCUGCUUUCCUGCGCACCGUCGAGACCCUCGGCAAUGCCGGCCGACGGAACUGAUCAGCUCCCUUGGAGCGUCAUUGUUCACAAUGCCGGGUCCACAGCAGCUGAGAGCUUCGAGCAGCACAUGCGCUCUGCAUACAGCAAGGCCCAUCUCCACAAGUGUAUCUUGCGCAUUUGCAGGGAAGUUGAUGGUCAAGACUACAUCAUGAAGUCAAAGUUCAGGCGUGAAAUGUUCCGGCGUGUGGAGACAGUUUUGCCUGACCAGCUUGUUCGAGAGUUCGACAGGGUCUUGCAAGAGCUUCUGCAGACACUUGAAGAGACUCUGGCGGCAGCGGUCACCACUGUCAAUGGUGAUGAUGUUCGGAUGCCUUUGCAGCAAUGCCUGCAAAGGCUUCGAAGAGAGCUGAAUGAAGCUGUCCAGGUAGAAGAAAUGGAAAACUUUCGAAAGAAUCUUGCAGCUGUGGGCAUCGUAUUUGUGGCGUCCUUUGGAAUUGCUACUGCUGUGGGAGCAGGAGCUGGACUAGGUCCGUUUGCAGCACCGCUUGCAAUUGGUGGUGCGGCAGCAGGAGGAGUCUGGCUUGGAUCUCAAGCAAUUUGGAGUGAAGACGACGAAAGAGCUCGCUUUGUGGAUGCGCUCGUGGAGGAGAUCUUGCCAACCUUGGACAUUGGAAGGCUGACAAGGCGUGUGAAGAGCCUCCUGAAGAGCCACAUGUCGAGCUUGGAAAAGCUUGUGCAUGACGCCCCCAAGGAUCCCUUACUUGAGUCGCUGUGGACUCCUGUGGAUGGUGACGCGCAGGCUCCAUCUCAGCCGGGAGCCUCAUCCGAGCAUGGCAGUGCACAGGCCGACGUUCCAGAGCAGGCUGCCAAGAAGUACAUACCGUUUAGAAGUGCUGUGUGGCAUGAUCCAAGAAUUGACAACCCCGAGAAUCAGUCUUACUUGGGCUUGCUGCGAGAGACGUAUGCGGACUUGGUGUGCUCCGAUGACUUUAUGCAUGCUGCUGAGGAGGUGAAGAAGAACCCGCUCACAGCGUUCACAAUCAUCACCUCCGGAGCCAAAGCUAAAGACUUGGUGCCUCUGGUUGGCAAGCUUGCCAAUGUCACUGCCAUUCACGUCUUCUGCAGCAACCCGGCCUACCACAAGAAGCAGCCAUGGUUUUUGCAGAACUGUAUGGAGAAGGGAAAGGUUGUGGACAUCUACACCAAUGUUGGCCAGCUUGUGAAUGGUCUGAAAAGGGUGCCGGAAAUGCCUCGCGUGGCAUUCAUCAAUGCAGAGGAGGUGGCUGCAUCUGUUGACGAGGCUAAGCGUGUUUAUUUACAGUCAGAUGUUCAAGACUACGUUGAGCAAACAUCCUUUACUGAAGCAGUUGCCUACUUGUUAAAGUUGCGGGAGAACAAGCACGGCAUACGUGCUGCCAGUGAUGAGGGUGUCCGAUUGGCCAAGAUCUUUGACCCCUCGCAUGGCAAGUUCGAGGAGCUUCUCAAGGUGUACACACAGGAGGACAUACACGUUUAUGAUACCCUAAACUCCGCCCUGCGCGUCAAAGAGCGGACACAGGGGCUGCUCAAGCUGGCCAAGCUUGCAGAAGCCUUCCUUUUCGCAAUGCAGAAGGCAGCUGUAGCGGAGCCGUCCCUGGCUUUCUCAGGAAUGACUUACCGUGCAAUGUGGGUUUCAGAUUCCGAGGUCGCGCAGUAUGAGGCCAGCAAGGACGAUUUCAUCUUCUUCAGAGCAUUCACCUCAACUUCCCGGGACAAGCAAAAGGCUGCAGACUUCGCAGAGCGGAGCUGGUGCAAGAAGGGCAAGCGAGGCAUGAAACUCAUGAUGCGCAUUGAUUGCUCAACUCUUGAUGCAGGAGUGUCGUGUGUCCGCCCAAUGAGCAUCAUGAAGUUUUCAGCGUUCGCGCAUGAGCAGGAGGUUCUCAUUCCGCUUCUUUCAGGCUUCCAGGUGGUGAGCGUGCAGCGCCGCGGCGAGUUUUGGCUGGAGGUACGCUUGAAACUGGCAUUCUUGAUGCCUGAUAUGACGGCAGCUUUCAUCUAUGCAUUCCUCUGA